AUGUCUCACACGGCACAUCAUAUUCAUGAGCAAUUCGAGCCGCGCCCCGAUGCGCAUAAACUGGCAGGAGAUGUGAACGGAAAAGUAGAUUAUGAACCUCACCCCGAGAGAUCCAUCAAAAUUUCAACCGAACACGAACAGAUCAUGCAAAAGAUUAUCAAUUUAUACUCUGGAAGCGCCUCGGAAGAUGAUAUGCAAGUGUACGACAAAGAUGCAGUAUAUGAUGAUCCAUUCUCAUACUGUGACAAUCGCUAUAAAAUAGCCGGGCAGUGGUAUGGUCUGCCAAUGGUAUUCAGCGGCCUGCGCACCCUCAAGACGGAAGUGGUCAAGGAUACGCCCACUGAGAUUAUAUGGAAGAUGCAGCACGAGUACACACCAAAGGGCAUCGGCAAGUCCAAAGCCGUUAAUAGCUUGAUAUCUCUGGGGCUUGAUGACCAAGGGAAAGUCCGAUAUCACAAGGAUAUGUGGAACGAAAAAGACUAUAGUCAUGAUGGACUCGGGAAGUUCUUCAAGACGCUGCAGGCUGAUGUGACGCCCGCUAUGUCGAGGCCGCCCAAGACACUGUAA